CCUGCGAGCCUCGCCCUCACUUGGCGGCUAGACGCUUCCCACCUUGUCUGGCGUCUGAGGCGCCCCUUUGCCCGCUGUGCUUGGGAAUGGCCGCUGCCCGACCCUUCCUGUCCUGAGCCUCCUCAGACAACAUUAGAGAAGUUUGUGUCUCCACAGCGGGCGCCUCUGCCUCCCCUCACCCCGAUUUUGGCGGCCGUUGGCCUCCGCUCGACGGCCGUUAGCCUCUGCUCAACGGCCACCAGCUCGCGGCCGCCAUCUUUGCUGCCGUCGUCCUCGCGGACGCCACCAACCCAGGCCGAGUGUCUGCUGAGGUACCAACGGGUGUCAUGUCCGCCACGGGGGAUCGCCAACCAACGCCAGAGGGCCAAGAAGACCUGGCAAGUCUGAUCGGAGCUGGCGCCGGGGCAGUUGAAGCGGGGCUGGGCCGCGGCCCGGGUCCUGACGAGGGCCAGGCCCCCAUGGCCGCCGAGGAGGCCGAGGCUUCAGAGCUCGAGGGAGGCCCCGGGGAGGAGGAGGCAGAGGAGAGAGAGGAGGGGGCCCAGGCCGCUGCCACGGGGGGAUCUGAAGAGGACCCUGACUGGGGGCCGGUGCCCCGGGAGGAAGAGGACCCCGACUUGGGGCCGGCGCCCCGGGAGGAAGAGGACCCCGACUUGGGGCCGGCGCCCCGGGAGGAAGAGGACCCCGACUUGGGGCCGGCGCCCCAGGAGGAAGAGGACCCCGACUUGGGGCCGGCGCCCCGGGAGGAAGAGGACCCCGACUUGGGGCUGGUGCCCCGAGAGGGGAACCAGGCCUUGGUCGUCAGGGGCGUGAAUGUUGUCCUGCACGCACACCACUUCCCCAUGCUGGGCUUCCGCUGGGUGUUCCUGGACAUGAGCAAUUCAUUCCUCCACCGGGUCUAUCGUAACGACCACAUCCUGAUCCGGGCACCCAGAGCUCGCGUGAAUCUCAGGCACGAUGCCCCCACGGCCCCUGCAUCCCCCGAGCCUCCAGUGCUCCAUGUGCCUGAGCUGCCCAGGGUCAGACCCGCAUUAAGCCUGGGAUAUGGCGGCCUCCCCAGCCUGCCUCCGGCCGCGCCCGUUCAACAACUCGAGGGCGCGGUCGGGCCUGCUCAAGAGUCUGAGCAGGCCAAAGAUGGCGUCACCACGACCUGGGAAUCCACAGAGCCUGUAGAGGCGGCCAUCAGCGAGGAGGCCAUCAGCAAGACGGCCAUCAGUGAGGCAGCCACCAGAGAAGAGGCCAUCAGCGAGGCGGCCAUCAGCGAGGAGACCAUCAGAGAGUCAGCCAUCAGCAACGCUGCCAUCAGCCAGGAAACUAUCAGUGAGGCAGUCAUCAGAGAGGCGGCCAUCAGAGAAGAGGCCAUCAGUGAGGCAGCCGUCAGCCAGGUGGCCAUCAGCGAGGCGGCCAUCAGCGAGGAGACCAUCAGAGAGUCAGCCAUCAGCAAUGCUGCCAUCAGCCAGGAAACCAUCAGCGAGGCAGUCAUCAGAGAGGCGGCCAUCAGAGAAGAGGCCAUCAGAGAGGCGGCCAUCAGCAAGGCUGCAGAGGAGGCUACCAACAAGGUCAUGGAGGUGGCCCUGGAGGAGGUUACAAAAGAGGCCACCAGCAAGGCUGUGGAGGAAGCCAUGGCGGAGGCUGCCAGCAAGGCCGUAGAGGAGGUCAUCAGCAAGGCUGUGGAGGAGGCCAUCCAGAAGGUGGUGGGGGAGGCUGCCAGCAAGGCCGCAGAGCAGUCUACAAAAGAAGGCAACAACGAGGCUGUGGGGGAGGCCACCAGCAAAGGCAUGGCAGAGGCCACCAGCAAGGGCGGCUAG